AUGAAUGAUAUUCAUCCGGAACUGCUCAAAGUAUUGUAUAAUUUGCCACCGGAUUUUGACGUUCAAGUGAAAAAUGCAGAGGAAAAAAGUGGUGUCAAAAGAGAACAUUUUGUUUAUGGCUUGUUAGCUUUUUUGGCUAUUUAUAUGAUUAUUGGCAGUGAAGCUGGUCUCCUGUGCAAUAUCAUCUGUUUUACUUAUCCAGCAAUAGUUAGCAUUCAGGAAAAAACACUGUUUCCAUUUUCGGUUAUGGAAAAGAAACUGACGGAUAAGGCAUUCACAUUCAGUGAUUUUUACGCCGAACGGAUAAUGGAAUUUGUUCCUUUCUAUUGGAUCAUUAAGUGCAUCUACUGCAUUUAUUUAUAUUUGCCACAAACUGAAGGUAUAAAUAUUGUGGAGGAAAAAAUCAUUCUACCAGCAUUACAAAAAUUUGCGAAAAAACUAAAAAGAGAAGUUCCGUAA